CGAGCCGAGAGUCGAGAGUCGAGAGUCAAGAGAGCGAGUCUCAGUGAACGAUGGGAGAUGUCUCUGCCGCAAACGGCGCUCACCCGUGGCUUCAACAACGAGUCCGUGUCGCCCACCCGGCCACAUGCACUCAUUCUGUUCGGUGUGUGUUAAAGAGCCUUGUUUCUCGUGGCAUUUCCAGCAGUAGAUCGUCGCUCCUUCCUUUGAUCCUUCGGCCGCUAUUGUUCGUUCAUGGCGCAAACUGCUAGGGACCUGGAAUUCAGUCCUCGUUUGCCCAGUUCUCACCCAGGAGAAGGAAAGCUUGAACCAACUCGACGCAAACGACUAGAAUUUUUUUUUACUUAGCAGCACUGGCUGCAGGCUGACUUCGGAACGUCCGUUCUAACGGUAGCAGUACUGACUCGUCCGACGAGCCCUUCUGGCUCCGUUAUUCCUCAGGAACCAUCGUAGCGUCUGCCGUUGGACAGGUUUCUGAGGAUUCUCAAGAGCCCAUUCAGGACAACGCCCUUCCAGCCACUGGUAGCGUACUGACUCGGCCGACGAGUCCGUCGCACUCGGCUGUUCAUAGCUUCCUCGGAUCCAUCGUUCUGGCGUCUGCCGUUGGACAGACGCUAAGCCCUUCCAGCCACUGGCGCGCGAAGAAUGUCGACGAUGAGUGGAGGCGGCGUUACUACCGCGUGGGGCGUCUCUCCCGGGGUGAAGUUUGCGGUUUUCGCCAGCGUCGCCGCGGUCGUCGCAGUGAUCGCCGUUUUCGCCGUCGGAUGUUUCGUCAACACCGUGCGAUCGAGGCGACUACGCGCUCAAGGCGCAGCGGCGGCGGCGGCAGCAGCAGCAGCAGCAGCAACUGCGAACGACGGCCCAGCAGCGACGGACAAAACGAGCAUUCAAGUCUGAACCUGCGGGAGUGCUGUAGUAGGAGCAUGAUCUACGAGUAUUCGCUUCUUGUUGAAUCUGCUUCUUUUUGUUAUUUCCCAUUUCGCCUCAAGCGAUGGUCAAAAUAUUCUUUCGCGGCGAGCUCACGGCUACUAAGUGUUCAGGCCUCCGAUACCAUCCACUGCGAGCCGGCGGCCUGUCGACGGCGAUGCUUCACGCCACACGAGACCGGACGAGGUCCGCGGGGAUGUCUAGUACAUAU